AUGGCUCGACGCGGGCGGGAGCUAAUGAUGCGGCUGCUGAGGCCGGGCGAGGCAGUGGCGGGCAGGAGCGGCGGGACCCCGAGGAGUGGCGUGGAGAAGUAUGUGGCUGCUCUCGAGGACAUGCUGCGGGAGCUGAAGAAGCAGUCGAGCAAGCCUGCCCCAGAAAUGCUGAAUGAAUACUCUCGCAAAGUGGACUUCCUAAAGGGACUCCUAGAAGCUGAAAAAUUGUCCUCAUCAACAGAGAAGGCUCUGGCAAACCAGUUCCUGGCCCCUGGGCGCACCCCCACAACAGCCAGGGAGAGAACCCCAGCGACCAAAACAGUCCAUCUGCAGACCAAGGCUCGCUGCACGGGCCAGAUGAGGAGUGAGCUGCUUGGUACAGGCCCUUUGGCUAUCAAUGAUUCUGAGGAGUUGAACAUAAGGAAGCGGAAAGGCCUCCAAUCAGACGAGAAGCAGUCGGUAGUGGAGCUGGAUGCUGUGCUGCAGCACCACCAGGACAUGCAGGAGAAGCUGGCCGAGGAAAUGCUCAGCUUGGCUCGCAGCCUCAAAAACAACACCCUGGCUGCACAGAACGUGAUCAAACAGGACAACCAGACACUGUCCCAUUCCCUCAGGAUGGCAGACCAGAACUUUGAGAAGCUCAAGGAUGAAUCUGACCGCCUGGAGCAGCACGCGAAGAAAUCGGUCAACUGGCUGCUGUGGAUAAUGUUAAUUGUAGUUUGCUUUAUAUUCAUCAGCAUGAUUCUCUUCAUCAGGAUUUUCCCCAAAUUAAAAUGAUGCUUUUUUAUUUCAUUUAAAGCUGCCAGCAGUGCAGCUGGAAAGCUCAGGUGGUGUGAGAACUGUCAGCAGUCAAUGUCUUUGCCACUUGUCAUGUCCUUAAAGAGGCUGUCCAAGGCCUACCUACCCUUGCAUUCCUUCCUUGUGCAGGCUUGGUUUCAUGGGGAAGGUUUUCCACACUUGGAUACUUGGCUACUUCUUAUCUGGUGACUAUUGUUGCUGAUGAGAGUUUACACGGAGCUGCUGACAAGGUCUUUAAUGGACACAUACAGUCAUUUUUAAUGUGGUCGUGGUAAAUGUUACGACUCCUAAAAGGCCAUUUAGUCAAUAUGAAUAUAAAUAACAGGUGAAGUCUUACACUCUUUCUGCACAGCUUUUCUGUACUGACCUAGGACUUGCUGCCAACAGGAUAUUUAAUUUCAGCUCUGUACAUACAGAACUGUAGGGGCAGGAAGAGAAUUCUGCCACUGAGGUGCUUGGCUGGCUCAGAUUCAGAGUUAUCAACAGGUAACCUCAGGCUCACCUUUUUCCCAGAUGGAUAUUUGGGACUUAGGACUUCACAAUCUUCUCCAGUUUAGACUUAUAGGUCUGGAGUUGCUGGCUGUUGCAAUGUUUGCUUCCCUUUUGUAUGUGCAAAUGUUCUCACUUCUCAUUGUUAUGUUGAUGCCGUUGCAGGAAGAAAACACCUUGACCUUGCACCACAGAACUGUAAACACAGAACCCCAGGUGGCACAGACCUCACCUGUGCAAACAUGUUUUCACUUUAAGAUGAGGGUGUAAGGAAGGUGGUGUCUUCAAGAUGGAAGUAAUAAUUAAAAAAAUACUCAGCCUUUCCUUUUUGAGACAAAUCAUUCUGGUCAAGAGUGUUCCUGUCAAAUGUCUUCUUAAGGGUUCACUACAGUAAAACAGAUAAACUAGAAUUAAUAUUUUUAAAACACUGGUAUUGCUAGAAAAACUUAGAGCUUGCAGUACAGGAAGGUUUAUGUGACAGUGUAAGAGUCUUUGUAGGCGCUUGUGGUAAGCGGAAAGCAAACCCUUCUGCAGCUGUGCCGGUGUUCACGGAGUCCCCCUCUGGGAAGGGUCAGUGUUCAGGAGUGAGGUGUGUUCCACGGAGGAGGGGAGGGCACCAGGUGACCCCGGGUGUGCUUUGGCCAUUUCUGUUGCUGUUAGGAACCACCAGAUGGGGUGUUCCAGGCCUGGCUGGUGAUCCCAGCAGCCCCAGGCCAGGAAAAGGUAGGAAAAGAGCUGUUUGUUGGUUCUUAUGAAAAUCUGGCUUUGCUUUGAACGCAUCCCAAAGCACCAGGCUGUGUGUUGGAGCUGUGCUCUGUCCUGUCGAAACCCAGCUGUGGUAAUGAGGAAAGUUAACACUUUUUACAUAAAAGUAUUUCAGUUCAUUUAACAGGAUGUUUGGUAUUUACUGCACCAUUCACUUACAGAAUCAAAUUAAUAAAUAUAAUAUGAAGUACAGCUUUUUAUGUCCAGCUACUCAGAAAUCUGUGUGAUACGCUCCCCUUCAAGCAAAUUCAUUACUUACCUCGAACUUUAUUAUAGAGAUUUAUAGUUGUAACAACCAAUUUAUGGACAUUCCUACUUUUCCCAGUUGUUUUCUUCCACUGUAACGUUUGACAUUUCACUGUGCUUCGUUAGUCAAUGCUGUGUCAUCAAAUUAUUUUUCAGUUCUAAUUGUUUACUACUUUUCCCUGCAGGCAUUUCAGUGCCGAGCUCUUCUCUUAGAGGCUGAAUGUGGUGCUGGAAUGUUUUUUGUGUGUGAGAUUUUUUGGGAUGCAACAUUAAUGCUUCACAGUCUAUAACAUUUUCCUCUUUAUCACUUGAAAUAAAUUAUUUUUUUCUAGCUUGCAAAAGAUUUGGUGCAUCAUUGCAGACAAGUUUAAAGCUGAAUUGUCAUCAGCCAUGUGUUGCCUGUAAUUUUUGGCACUUAGAAAUUAGGAGCUCAGUUGGAAAGACCUGAAAGGGAACUAUCAGCAACAGCUUGUCCCCAAGAAAACAUCCACCCCUCCAAGUCAUAGGAGCUGCUUUACAAAGAAGCCUGCACAGAGUGAGUUCAGAAACUAUUUAACUUUUGACCGUUAAUGCUUCAUGGGUGUUUGUUAUUUUGAAGGAUGAACUGCCAGGAUUGAACCCUGUAACUAAUAACACCUUUUGUUAUCUCCGUGGCUGUUAAGCACUGAGCCUCUGCUUCCUGGGGGUUCUCUGCCCGGAUGGAAGAAUGUUCCCUUCUGCCCCAAUCCCAACGGAUCCCUUGUCUCAGCAGCCGGUGAUCCCUGCACACGGGGUCGUUGUCUUGGCUUCUCUCGAGUUCAUUUAGCAAUUACAGUAAUUCAACACCACUUUGAAGAUGGGUGCCGGUAGUAUUUAGA